CAAAAAAAAAAAAUCCCAAUCCACACCAGACGCGCCGGAAAGAGAGAAGAACAAGAACAAGAAACCAACCUAACCGACGCGCCUCGAUCACCAAACCCCAAGCGGGCCCCACACAAAUGGACCCCGGAGCGGCGGGCGUCGGUCUCGCCGCGGCCACCACCGCCGACGACCCCCCGUCGUCGUCUCUUGGAUCGUCAACGCCACUCGACGCCGUCCAGGCCUGGACCUUCGGCGUCUCCCGCCGUUACCAGCACCUGCUCGACAAGUCGACGCCGCACGUGCUCCACCGCUGGCUAGGCACCCUCGCCGUGGCCCUGGUCUACGUCCUCCGCGUCUACCUCGUCGAAGGAUUCUACGUCGUGUCGUACGGGCUAGGGAUCUACCUCCUCAACUUGCUCAUCGGCUUUCUCUCUCCUCAGGUCGACCCGGAGAUCCACGACCUCUCCGACGGGCCCUCCCUCCCCACUCGCGGAUCCGACGAGUUCCGCCCCUUCGUCCGCCGCCUCCCCGAGUUUAAAUUCUGGUACUCUAUUACAAAGGCGUUUUGCAUUGCUUUCGUGAUGACAUUCUUCAGUGCUUUCGAUGUGCCGGUGUUCUGGCCUAUUCUUCUGUUUUACUGGCUGGUGCUGUUUGUUCUCACAAUGAGGAGGCAGAUCAUUCACAUGAUCAAGUACAAAUAUGUUCCUUUCUCGGUUGGGAAGCAGCGGUACGAUGGGAAGAAAGCUUCUGCGUCGGAAACCACAACCCUCCUACCGAGGGAUUAGAACCACCCUUCAGUGGUAGAGGCGUUUUGGGAAGAUGCGGUGCUGAAGAAUCGGUAUUGGAGAACUAAUUCAGGCAGCUUGGAUGAUUGGUUAGUGUAUGCUUUUGGAAUCUCUUGCUUAUGGCCCUGUAAUAUUUUGCUACAGGGAGAUGAAGUGGUUAGUGGAGAACUUUCUUUUUUGCGUUCUUAGUAUUCAAGGAUCCAUUUGUAUAGAAGGGACAUGCUCUACUUUCCCAUCCCAAAUAAUCAAUUCAAUGACAUGAUGUACUUUACUAGCUAUCGAAAGCCACAAUUGGGUUAUGUCAUAUUUUGUUGUAUUUUUUCAUGGUUCAGUUGAAACUGGGAUUAAUGCAACUCAUUUCUUGAAUUGAUGC